UUGAACAUUGGGACUUGGAAGCUGAAUUACCGAUAACUAGCUAGCUAAGGCUAGCUAUAAUGUUCAUGAGAGAAUAAACGGCUUUUAUAUCUUUGUCGAAAUUACCACGUUCUCAUUGACUAAGAAUGUGGGAGUGAGCGACGACGAAUCAAACAAGGGGAAACAGGCAAUCGCGGGGGUUUUCUUGUUUUACGAGUCCGUCUCUGCCUUGGAAAUGUCGGGGAAGAUCGAGAGUAAGCAAGACUCCCAGCGCUCCCACCUCUCCUCCUUCACCAUGAAGCUGAUGGACAAGUUCCACUCCCCCAAAAUCAAGCGGACGCCCUCCAAGAAAGGGAAGCAGCUGCAGCCAGAACCAGCAGUCAAAACCGCGGAGAAGCCCGUCAACAAGAAGGUGAGCCGCCUGGAGGAACACGAGAAGGAGGUGGUCAGCGCCCUGCGCUACUUCAAAACUAUCGUGGACAAGAUGGUGGUGGACAAGAAGGUGCUGGAGAUGCUGCCGGGCUCCGCCAGCAAGGUCCUGGAGGCCAUCCUGCCGCUGGUCCAGGUGGAGCCGCGGAUACAGCACAGCUCUGCAGUGUCUUCCUGUCACAACCGUGUCUACCAGAGCCUGGCCAACCUUAUCCGCUGGUCCGACCAGGUCAUGCUGGAGGGCGUCAACCUAGAGGACAAGGAGACCAUAGUAACGGUUACCACGGUCAUAAAAGCAGUGCUGGAUGGUGUGAAGGAGCUGGUGAAGCUCACUAUCGAGAAGCAAGACCAGCCAUCGCCCACAUCCCCUGUGAAACCAGCAGCCCCUGUUGCCAAGCCAGAGAGCACUGCAGAACUGCCACUGAACGAGAGGGAAAAGGAGAUCCUGAGCAAGACCGCGCCCAUGGCCCAGCCCCCCGAGAUCCUGACGGAUGCAGCAGACGAGGACGUGGCUCCGCCCAAGCCACCACUGCCUGGGAUGAAGAUGCCUGAGCACAGGCUUGCGAGCCGAGCGCAGCUGAGCGCCGACCCUCCGAGGAGGCCCACACAGCAGGAGAACCCCCCAGCCCUGCCGCCGAAAAAGCGCCAGUCGGCCCCCUCGCCUACGCGGGUGGCGGUAGUGGCUCCCAUGAGUCGGGCCACGAGUGGAUCCAGUCUUCCCAUCGGCAUUAAUAAACAGGAGUGUGACCCGGACUACCUGCAGAGGCGCUUCUCUGGAGGCAGCCACUCGUAUGGAGGGGAGUCCCCACGCCUUUCCCCCUGCAACAGCAUCGGCAAACUGAGCAAGUCGGACGAGCAGCUCUCCUCUCUGGAGCAGGACAGUGGACAGUGCUCCCGCAACACCAGCUGCGAGACUCUGGACAACACAGAGAGCUACGACCCCGACUAUGACUUCCUGCACCAGGACCUGUCCAGCAUCGAGCACGUGCCUCCGGUGCAGGUCGGCGGAUGCCUGAGCCCCCUGCCCGAGUCGUACAGCGAGUCAUCCUCCCCAUCCCCGUGCCCCGGCCAGCACCCCACGCACCCGCGCUUCAGCGCGCCCUGUCCCCAGCAGCCCGCGGAGUACUGGGGCCCCCAGGGGCCCAUGGGGCCUCCGCAGCCCUCCCGAGUGAGCGCGCCCCCCGCACUACCGCAGAAGAAGCGACGCAGCGCUGCCUCGCAGGCCCCCUUCUUUCCUGUGCCCUACGAGCGCCACCCCUCCCACUAUGACAACAUCUCAGAGGAGGACCUGCAGCCUGUGCCCCCCUUCCCACUCUUUACACCUGUCUCACCCAUGCCGCAGAGCAAUGGGGGUGCCUUCGUGGCCGACUUCAUCGCCAGUGACAGCGCAGACAUCCCCGAGAGCCCCCCGCCACUGCCUGAGAAGAAGAGCCGGCAUAUCCUGCAGUACAUGCAGUUUGUUGAGGACUACUCAGAGCCGCAGCCAUCAGUCUUCUACCAGACGCCGCAGAGUGAGAGCAUCUACGAGCAGCGCAACAAGCGCUUCCAGGAGGUCUAUGGCUUCAAUGACUCCUUCAGCAGCACUGACUCCGUGCACGAACCUCUACCACCCCCCGCCCUGCCACCCAAACAGAGACAGCUGGCCUCGCACUCUGCUUCCCCUUCUUCCUCCUCCUCCUCCUCCCUCUCCUGCCACCUCCAGCACUCUGCGGUGGCAGCGGAGGAGGCCAGCGCUGCACUCAGCCUCAGCCUGUCCAUCUCUAAUUCCUUCCUCAGCGGCCACGCCUCCCUGGCCACGCCCAUGAGCUCGGACCUAGUGGUGCCAGCCAGUGCCAGCCAGUUAGCAGAUCCCGGGGGCGUGACCAACGGUUCCCUGGAAAGCUCUGGUGGCUCUUUUGCUGUCUGCCUUCCUUCUGAAUCUUCUCUCACUGACUCUCUUCAACCCUCUGUGAGCGAGAGUGCUAACGAGGAGGGCGGGGAGGGGGAGUAUGUCAAUCUGUAUUCAUCCAGCCAGGCCAACGGGGAGAUGCUGCUCUCCCACGGAGAUGUCACGGUUAGCAGUGACGAUGCAAUCCAAGACCCAGCCCCUCAGAACCCCUCGUCCAAUAGCAAGGAGACGUCAGACUUGGAAAGGAGACAGAAGUCCUCCGAUUCUGGGCAGAGUGAAGAGGAGGUGGAUGAGCUAUCGCUCAUCGAUCACAAGGAGAUCAUGGCCCGUAUAACACUAAAGCAGGAGAAUGAUGACGGUCCAGAUGUCCGAGCAGGAUCAGGGGAUAUUCUAUUAGUCCACGCCACAGAAACGGACCGCAAAGAUCUUGUAUUAUACUGUGAGGCCUUCCUGACAACCUACAGGACAUUCAUAACCCCAGAGGACCUUAUAAAAAAGCUACACUAUAGAUACACAACGUUCUGUCACAGCCCGGACACGUUCAAGAAGCGAGUCAGUAAGAACACUUUCUUCGUGCUGGUGCGCGUGGUGGACGAGCUGUGUUUGGUGGAGCUGACCGACGACAUCCUGAAGCAGCUGAUGGACCUGGUGUUUCGACUCGUGUGCAAUGGGGAGCUGAGCCUGGCCCGGGUGCUACGCAAGAACAUCCUGGAUAAAGUGGAGCAGAAGAAGCUGCUACGCUACACCAACUCCCUGAAGCCGCUGGCCGCCCGUGGGGUGGCUGCCAGGCCAGGCACUCUGCACGACUUCCGCAGCCAUGAGAUCGCCGACCAGCUGACGCUCCUAGAUGCUGAGCUCUUCUACAAAAUAGAGAUCCCAGAGGUGCUGCUCUGGGCCAAGGAGCAGAAUGAAGAGAAGAGCCCCAAUCUGACACAGUUCACAGAGCACUUUAACAACAUGUCCUACUGGGUGCGCUCAAUAAUUAUCCAGCAGGAGAAAGCCCAGGAUCGGGAAAAGCUACUCCUGAAAUUCAUUAAGAUUAUGAAGCACUUAAGGAAGCUGAAUAAUUUUAACUCCUACUUGGCAAUACUGUCAGCGCUGGACUCUGCUCCGAUUCGAAGACUGGAAUGGCAAAAGCAAACCUCAGAGGGAUUGGAGGAAUACUGCACCUUGAUUGACAGCUCCUCCUCUUUUCGCGCAUAUCGGGCAGCGUUGGCGGACGUGGAGCCCCCCUGUAUACCUUACCUAGGUCUCAUUCUGCAGGACUUGACGUUUGUCCACCUUGGGAACCCUGAACUCAUCGAUGGGAAGGUCAACUUCUCCAAACGGUGGCAGCAGUUCAACAUCCUGGACAGCAUGAGGCGCUUCCAGCAAGUGCACUACGAGCUUGAAACGCAACGAGACAUUGUCUCCUUCUUCAAUGACUUCAGCGACCACCUCGCGGAGGAAGCACUGUGGGAACUGUCCCUGAAAAUAAAACCACGCAACAUCACGCGCCGCAAAACAGAGCGCGAGGAGAAGACCUAGGAGUGGCCAGUGCGUCCCACAGCCCCCGCGGCAUGCAAGACGAGAGCUAGACACACACAAUCAAUGGAAUCUAACACAACUGUGACGGCAGCUAAAAGACUGGGAAACCUUUGUCUGUUACAGUUUACAGGAACUCUUUUUUUUAAUUUUAUUUUAAAUUGUAUUGGUUUGGGAUCGUUCUGGGUCAAGGCCCCGGACUCGGACUCAGAUUGCGGGAGGGGAGACUGGAACGGUGUGGAGGACAAAAAAAAGUUGGAGGCAGUCGGGGGACAUCUCAACCCUGGCGAGAUUUGUGUGGCCAUCCCACCUUGUCCAUUUCAGUGUGCGUCUGGUCUGUGCAUUUCAAGAGGCACCUAGACGUGUGCUUGCUCACAGCCCGAGGUGCUCUCUUUCCCAUGGAUAACCCGUUGCCCUUUGUAUGUGCCAUCCUGGGAGAAUCCCCACUCCAAUCCAUUCAUUUCAGAGUUCCAGAAUGGACAGCCUUCUGCCGCAGACUGUGAUGUCACAAUGCCUUCAAGGAAAGGGGACUUUCAUUGAUGGUGUUGAAUAUAUUGAUAUACUGAAAUGGACAGAACAGUGAGAAUUGUGAAAUGAGUGAGGGGGGAGGUGGGGGGAGAGGGGGUGGAGACAGUAUCCUAGAAUAAUUAUGCGAGACAAGUUUUGAGGAAAGGUUUUGUUUGGAGCAUUUUAUGUAUCAAUUAUAUAUGGUUAAUGUAUAGUACAGUUCUCCUUUUGUUCUUUAAAAGGGUGUUUAACAGUAAGAAGAAGAUCUCAUCUUCUCUUAAGUGCCAUACAAAUGUGCACUUAAAAAAGCAAAGCAAAAAAGAAAAGAAAUUAAUAAAAAUUGCUGUGAUCAAUGUUCAACUGGCCCAGCAGAGAGAGGUAUGAGAGGGCUGUUUGCAGCAGUGUAUGGAAAAGGAGUCAGAAGCAUGUUCCAGGUCUUCAUGUUUUGGCCCUAUUUUGUCUUGGGGGGUGAGGGGCCACCCUAAUGCUCUAUUAAUUGCCAUGUCACACAAAGUGGGACCAGGGCUUUCCUGCCGGUGGGGGGAGGGUUGAGGGGGUGUGUAGGUGAUUACGGGGCUCAAAGAUUCAAAAAUGGAGAGCCAUUGAAGUGGAACAUCUUUCACCACCCUGUAGCAUACAAUACAACUAUUUCCUGUUUCUCCUUUGGAAUUCAGCUCUGCCAUUACACACAUCACCCUGUGCAAUCCAAUAAAAUGCUCUGCAGUAUUUCUACAUACCUGGGUCAUGCGUGUUAACUGAUUCCAUGUGCA